UCUGUCAGAAGUUACGUGAGGUUGCGAAGUGUACAUAUUUUUCCAUUCAUUUCGACCCCGGGGAGAAACUUAGUUCGCCGCCGUCGCUAAAGUGUUUCUACCGUUUAAUUAGUCCACGGGAACGUGCACCACACCACGCACACUUACAAAAUGUCCUCGUUUGAUCUGAAAAACGAGACCGAAGUGAAGGAGUACAUCGAAAAGUUGGGUGUGGAGUACCGGUUCGGUUGUUACUCGGAGAAAAAACCGGAAGUGUGUCAUCUGCUUGGCGAUUAUCUAGAGGGCAUCCGCAAAGACUUUGAGAAGGCCGCCAAAGUGUACCGGUCGAACUGUGAUGAUUACAACUACGGUAAAAGCUGCCUAAAGUACGGUAACUACACGUUUCUCGGCAAGGGCCGUGCGUCGGAGAAGGGAGAUCCGGCGAAAGCCUUCAGCUACUACGAAAAGGGUUGCACGCUGAACGAUCCCGAUGCGUGUCUGCACAGUGGACUGUUGCUGGUGUCGAAGCUAAUGCCCAAAGAAAUUACCCGCGAUGUGCCGAAAGGGUUCGAGCUGUUGAAGAAAAGCUGCGAGAUGAAUAAUGCCGGUGCAUGUUUUUAUUUGUCCGGGAUGUACAUCUCCGGCGUGCUGAAAGAGGAAUAUCAGCAGGCGGCGAAAAAGGCUGACGUAGCGGCAAGUGAACCGAAGCCGGUGGAACAGCAGCGACCGCUCGGCGCGUACGUCGUCGAACGCAACAUGGAGAAGGCGUUCGAGUUCGCGUACAAGGCGUGCGAGCUGCGCAACAUGUACGCCUGUGCCAAUUUGAGUCAGAUGUACGCGAAGGGCGAUGGUACGCCGCGGGAUGAAAAGAAUGCAGAAAAGUACAAAAAGCUCGCCCUCGAGAUGCAGGACGAGGUGAAGAAGCAGCAGCAGCUCACAUUCCAGCAAGGUUUGAAUCCGACGUAGAUAAGUUCAAUGUGCGCACACUGCCAGAAAUGGGACAGUUGGAAGUCAUUCGGCGUAAAGCCCACGAUGCAACUCUGAUUGUGGACGGAUGCAAAAAUGAAGGUCAAAUAUCGGUAAUGUUACAUUUUGUUGGUAAUGUUCCGCUGUGUACUCAUACUUGGGAUCGAGGAAUGUCUGUAGCAGUAAUUCCCGUUUUUUAGCGAUUUAGUUAGCGUUGUUCAGUUAUGGUGUGUUUUGUGUAUACAGGAAAGAGCACGACGAACGGACGUCCCGCGAACUGAUUGGGAAAUAGGUGAACCGUUUGUUGGACAUUCAGCAAAUGCAGUAAAUGUUGUUUCGCUUGAGAGAGUAGUAAUGUAAUAAAAACAUAAUAAUAACAUAAGCGAAGCGACAGUUUAAUC